GUCACGUGGUGUCGUUUUAUAUAACACUUUGCUGAGACAAGACAGUUAUUAGGCGGCGCGGGGCGGCCGGCAUGGAGCUCGUGGAGGCAUUGCAGGGACCGGCGAGAGGCAGAGCGGCAGCCGUGGCAGCCCCGGUUCCCUCCAGCCACCGCUCCUUGCUCCGCGUCCCCGGCCCCUAGACGCCUCUUCCCCACGCAUGUCCCUCUCCCUAUGGAUUCAUUUCAGACUGAACAGAUGCUGAGCUUGCCCGCCGAGCUCUGCAGCAACAACUUAGAGCUGGCGGAGCCGGCGGCAUCACCUGCCCGCGGAGACACGGGCCCCCACCCAGAGGCGGCUACAGAAGGCCCCGCACCUUUACCGACUCUGCCGCCGCCGCAGGAGCGGCCUCCGAGGGCCUCGACGCCGGAGUGCAAAGUCCUGCUCACGCAGGCCGACGCCCUGGCGUCUGGGGGGCGCCUCCGGGAAGCCCUCGAGGUGUACCGACAGCUCUCGGAGCGGCAACAGCUGGUGGCCGAGCAGCUGGAGCAGCUGGUGCGCUGUCUGGCCGAGAAAGUCCCUCAAGGCGAGGAGCCGGCGCCGGAGCCCCCGGACGGGAGCCGCGGAGCGAGCUGCGCGCUGGCGGCGGAAGAGGCAGGGGCGGCGACGGCCGCCGAGGCCACCGAGGUGUGGGACGGCUUCAAGUGCCGGAAGUGCCAUGGAUUUCUUUCAGACCCCGUGUCCUUGUCCUGCGGACACACCUUUUGUAAACUGUGCCUGGAACGCGGGCGGGCAGCCGACCGGCGCUGUGCGCUGUGCGGGGUCAAACUCUCCGCUUUGAUGGUGGCCACCGGGCGGGCGCGCGGGGCCCGGCGGGCUGGGCAGCAGGCGCCGCCGCCGCUGCGGGUUAACGUGGUGCUCAGCGGCCUCCUCGGCAAGUUGUUCCCGGGCCCGGCAAGGGCGUCGCAACUCCGGCACGAGGGCAACCGGCUGUACCGCGAGCGCCAGGUGGAGGCGGCGCUGCUCAAGUACAACGAGGCAGUUAGGCUGGCUCCAAAUGACCACUUGCUUUACAGCAACCGGUCUCAAAUUUAUUUCACCUUGGAGUCUCAUGAGGAUGCACUGCAUGACGCAGAAAUAGCAUGUAAGCUCCGCCCCAUGGGGUUUAAGGCACACUUCAGAAAAGCGCAAGCCUUAGCCACCCUAGGCAAGGUGGAGGAAGCACUAAGGGAGUUUCUAUAUUGUGUGUCCCUCGAUGGAAAGAACAAAAGAGCAAGAGCUGAAGCCCAAACGCUUCUCCUUAGUUUCUUUUCACCAUCAUUCCCGGGGGCUUCUCAGGAACAUUCUCCCGAUAUCCUGAAGCUGUUGGCACCUCACCCUAGAUUAAAGGAACACGUAGAGUCAUUGGCUACUGAAGGCACCAGCCAUAAUCUACCAAAGUUGUCACAGGAAACGCUGGAGCGUCCACAUUGUUCUAGUCAGGAGGGGGCAGCAGCCAGGGGGCACAGAGGCAGCAGGCAGCCAGACGGCCUGGAAGACCAGGCCGGAGCGGAGGAGGAGGAGGAGGAGGAGGAGGAGGACCAGGAGGAGGAGGAGGGGGCCGCUGCCUCUCCCCAGGCUGCCUCCAGCAAGACUGGCAAAUGCCAGGAGAAGAAAAGGAAGCGCUGCCAAAUCGAACCCCAAGACCCAGAGGUGCCUAGGAAAGCAUCUAAGCCAGAUCCUCCGGCUGCUCCGGGAGCCAGACCUGCUCUCAGUGUUCCACUCGCAUCUUUUGACGCCUCUGACCUUGAAUGCUCCCUCUGUAUGAGAUUAUUCUAUGAGCCAGUCACAACACCUUGUGGACACACCUUUUGCUUAAAAUGCCUUGAAAGAUGCCUAGAUCACAAUGCGAAGUGUCCACUGUGCAAAGAUGGUCUUUCACAGUGCUUGGCAUCAAGAAAAUACAGUAAAAAUGUCAUAAUGGAAGAGCUAAUAGCUAAAUUCCUUCCAGAAGAACUCAAGGAACGAAGGAGGCUUUAUGAAGAGGAAAUGGAAGAACUUUCUAACUUGAAUAAGAACGUGCCUAUUUUCGUGUGUACCAUGGCAUAUCCCACGGUUCCUUGUCCCCUGCACAUCUUUGAGCCUUGUUACCGUCUGAUGAUUCGUAGAUGCAUUGAGACAGGCACACGACAGUUUGGCAUGUGCCUUGGAGAUCCUGUCAAAAGUCCAUUCCCCAUAAACAGGUUUGCGGAAUAUGGCUGCAUCCUAGAGAUCAGAAACGUUCAGUUCUUUGCUGAUGGCCGCUCAGUGGUCGACAGCAUAGGCAAGAGGCGCUUCAAGGUCCUCCAUCAGGGCCAGCGGGAUGGUUACAACACAGCUGACAUCGAAUACAUUGAAGACCAAAAGGUUCAAGGAGAGGAUUGUGCUGAGCUCAUGGGACUACAUAACUGUGUCUAUGAGCAAGCGUCAUCAUGGUUUCAUUCACUCAAACCAUCUCUGAAGAAUCGGAUACUCAACCAUUUUGGUCCAAUGCCAGAGAAAGAUGCUGAUCCCCAGAUCAACCCCAAUGGCCCGGCCUGGUGCUGGUGGACAUUAGCGGUUCUUCCAUUGGAAAGCCGAGCUCAGCUCCCGUUCCUAGCAAUGAGGUCCCUAAAGGAUAGACUGAACGGUAUUCGGCGAGUCCUGGCCUUUAUAUCCCGAAACCAAAACUAGUGAGUGGAUUGCUGAAAAGGAGCUCCCAUGCUCCCCUCACCACCGUGGGGGAGUCCUCUUGUAAAUAUACCUAAUUGCAAUAACAUCUUAGAAGGAAGUAUCAAACAGAGGCAUUAUCCUGCUAUUGAUCAGAAAGAAAUUAAGUAGAAAGACCAAAAGAUGUGAUCUGUUUGAGACUUUCUUUCUUAAGAUGCUUCUUGACAUGCUGCACAACUACAUGCACAGCAGAGGUUGUUUAAGAGCCCAGAAGAAAAAAAAAUUUUUUUUGAUUUUGACAUAAAAUUUUCUCAAAGUUUAAAGUGAUUUUGCUUUAAUUUUCUGUCUUUCAUAGAUGAAUGACUGUGUGGUUGUAAUGUGAUGCCCAGUUACUAAUCAUGUUGCUGCAUUAUUUCACUGACUUUUGAGGUGUCAUUCCAAAUGGUUCAUGUUUUAUAUAGCAUUGUGUAAAAUAAUGUUCAUACUUCCUUCUGUUUUAAUAAUUUAUUUUCUGCACUGCAUUAUUUUUUCUACAUGUAUGUUUGUAACUAUUUAAGUGUACAUUACUGAAAAAUACUGCUUUAUUUAUUGUUGUGGUUUACCGUGGGGGGAGUAACAAUACUAGAAAUGUGCGAUUUUUGCUUUAACAGUUUUUGCUACAUUUGAUCCCAGUUCUUGAACCAUUUUUGUAUCUAUCCAGUUGGAUGCUUAAAGGAAGUUCAGAAUCAUGCCAAGAUCAUCUAUCCUUACAGAUUCUAUUUUGCUUUCAAUUGGAAUCCAACAAUAUAAAAUACUUAAGGGAUUUGGCAUAGGUUGUGGAAUAAGCCAGGGUACAAUAAAAGUAAUCCAUUUUCUAUGUGUCAUAUAGAGCCAGGAUGAAGGAAUUAUUUUCCUGGAAUCAAGAGAUGAAUUAGAGGAGUGUCUUUUAUUACAAUCUCUUAUAGGCAUUUAUUUCAGCAAUCUAAUUAUAUCUUAAUUUCUCCCCAGUGCAGUUAGUAAUGGGACUUUUAGGCAGGAUAAUAUUUAACCCUUCUGAGGUAAUGGUUUUCAGCCUGGCAUGUCACAGCCAUGCCCAGCUAGCCUCCAUGCCCCACCUCUUCUCAGGGUUCUGAGGAUCAGGGCCUGGCUAGCAUGUGUGCAAACACUUGAUGAAGGACGGUUCAUUAUUAAAAGUGUAAAGAAGCCAGGAAAGAGGCUAGAACCCUUUAAGAAACCCUCAAACUAUCUUUUUGGUUUUUAAAUCUUUUUCAAAGGAAGCAAUUAAUCCAUGAUUUUAUCUAAACACGGUCUUUCCUCCACACUGAGAUGGGCCAAAGAUUUCAAUACAGGGGAAGAAUAGUGGUAAGGGGGUAAGAGUGAGGUCUUGUUUAGCUUGCUUAGUGCCAGUUUGAUUUCUUUAGUGCCAGGACAACCUGAAAACAGGCGUGUUAUAAUGACAGAGUGAAAAGAUUAGGACAGCGAAGAAGUGAAUCGUGUUGUUCCUACCUUCAUGCAAAUUAUCCUCCCCCCAUGUGGCUUUGGACAGCUGCAGUGCGAGAGUCACACAGCCCAUCCACUCUGUUCCCGCUCGAGGUUAAUGCCUCAAGUAAUCAGUCUGACUUCUUCCAUCACCACCUGUGGCCAGAAACAGAAAAGGGAGAAUGAGAUGAUACAGGCAACGAAAAAGAGAUUCAUGUAAGCAGAAACCAAAUAACCUUUUCUGCACUUUCUUAAUGAACACCGUGUUGUCCAAACAUUACGUUACCAGGUUUGAUGUUUGGAGCCCAACUGGGCUGGUAAAGAACGGAAGCAUAGGCGUGGAUACUGCCUAAGCAAACUCUACAAGGCUCAGGUAGGAGGAAAUGAAAGGCUCCCUCUCCCACCUGGUGCCCAACCAUGUGGUCAUAACACAGUCCUAGGACAGUAAUUUCCUACUAUCUAGUGUAAAUGCAACAAAGAAAAGGGUCAUGA